AUGUCGCUUCUUCGCCAGUCAACCCAGGCAUUCCGUGUCGCCACCUCUGCAUCUUCGAGCACACGAUGGAUGAACACCUCGUCGGUGCUUCGCAACACAGCUCAACCCAACACCUCGCCAGCGCCCGCUCAGCGCACCGACAACCAGGGCCGAGAUCUUGCUGCCGAGCAGCUGAAGCGUCACGAGCAAGCGGUCACCGCUGACCUCGUCAGCAGCGCACCUGAGGAGCUGCACCAGCGUUCUGUCCGAAUCUUCCGCCCUACCAAGACUGCCAACUCGUCCGGUAAGGCUGGUACCAAGGUUUGGCGUGUCGACUUUGAUAUCCUCCAAGGCUCCGCACGAUGGGAGAACCCUUUGAUGGGAUGGGCCUCUUCGGGCGACUACAUGCAGGGCACUUCGCUCAAGUUCCGCUCCAAGGAGGACGCAAUCCACUUUUGCGAGAAGCAGGGCUGGGACUACCACGUCACAGAGCCCAAGGUGGCCCGUAUCCCACCCAAGAGCUACGCUGCUAACUACAAUCAUAUUCCCGGCAAGCUCAGGAUCCACCACACAAAGUAG